CAUGUAGGUACGCAGACUUGCUCCUCUUCCACCCAAGCAAUACUUCUUUUCCAGUUUGCUGCACCGCUCAAAGUCUGAUCUGGACAAAUUCACCCGGACCUAGCAAAAUGGCGGACGACAUCGAAGCCAUGAACCGUGUGCGCAUUGCAAUGGGUUACGACCCACUUCCGGUGCCAGGUGCUCCAAUCGUACAUGGACCAGUCUUCAAGGAGUCUAAGUCUAAUACCAGCCCCAACGAAGAAGUUGCCAGUACUGUCAAUUCGCGCCAGGCCGCGGCGGAUAGUAAUUGGGAAAGACUGGAAGCUCAACGGCGAGCUGAGGAGGAGCGUCAGGCCAAGAAAGAGAGGCUACGGAAGGAAAGAGAACGAGCACAGCUCAGCGCUAAGCUCCAAGGUAAAGGUCUUGGAGAGGCGGACGAGAAUGAGAUGGACACCAAAAGCUGGCUCAUGGGGCAGAAGAAGCGUCAAAAAAAGUUAGAGAAGGAUAGGACACGAAAGUUGCAAGAGGAACUUGCUGAGCGGGAAAAUCAAAUCGACUAUACAGCUGCAGAUUUGAGAGGCGUCAAAGUUGGUCACGACUUUGAGAACUUCGAUGAAGGCACAGAACAGAUCCUGACCCUCAAAGAUGCUGGCGUCGAAGAUUCCGAGGAAGAAGAUGAGCUCGAGAAUGCCGCAUUGAAGGAUCAAGAAAAGUUGAAGGAGCGCCUUGAAAACAAGAAACGCAAACGAAUCUACGAUCCAAACGAUGAGAACGGAGACGGUAGCAAGUCUUUACUUGCCCAAUAUGAUGAUGUAGAUGGUCCAGCGAAAAAAAGCAAACGCUUCACCUUGGAUGGUUCAGGUAGUACGAUCGAAGCCGCUCAGGCUGCUCAAGCUGGUUCGACGACACGCAAAGGGGUCACCAUAUCUCUUGAUAUUAUCAACGAAGGAACUGCGCCCAUAUCUGAUUAUGCUGAGUCCACUGGAGUGAAAGUGAAGAAACCAAAGAAAAAGAAAACAAAGCAUUCGCGAAAGAAGGUGGUUGAUGAGGACGACGAUUUCCCGAUGAAUGGCUCAACCGAAAGCGUCGAAGCAGAAGCUAUGGACACAGACGCACCAAAAAAGGUCAUGUUCGACAGCAAUUCAUUUGACGAUGAUGAUCUGCAAUUGAAGCUAGCUCAACAGAGACGCGAAGCAUUAAAGAAACGGAAGAAGUUGCGACCCGAAGAUUUAGCCAAGCAGAUUCGCGAAGAGGUGUCCGUCACGCCAGAUGCUAUGGACACAGCAGAGGACGGGGACGAAGAGGGACCUGGUUUGAUCAUUGACGAGACAUCGCGGUUUGUCUCAAACCUAGAAAGGCCCGAUACUUCACCCCCCGACGUUAAAUCAGAAAGCCGCCCUCAAAGUGUCGGGAGGACGGAUCUGCACGAAGAUGUCAAUAUGGAGCUCAAGGACGAUCUCGAAGAAGGUGAAGAGCUACCCGAUGCCAAGCCAUACCAUAGUGUCUCCACAGAGGUCGGAAAUGCUGGUCUUGAAGAUGAGGCCACAGUCAGCUCCGGCAUAGGUGCAACCAUGAAGCUUCUCAAGGACCGCGGCCUCGUAGACGGCGCGAAUGCCUUGGAGCUCAGUGAAGCCCAACGACGACGACAAGACUUUUUAGCACACAAGAAAAAAGCGGAAAAUGAAGCAGAGCGCCAAGGUAAACUGCAGCGCGAGCGCGAGAGGCAAAGCGGCCGAUUAGAUCAUAUGACUGUCAAAGACCGCGAGGAGCGUGCCCGGAACACAAACGCACAGCGCGAUCACCAAGAAUCCCGCAGACUAGCCGAGAUUUUCAGUCACGAGUACCGACCUACUGUCGAGCUAAAGUAUCACGACGAGUAUGGCCGCAGUCUAGGCCAAAAAGACGCUUUCAAACAUUUGAGUCACCAGUUCCAUGGCAAAGGCAGUGGCAAAGGUAAGACUGAGAAGACCCUGAAGAAGAUUGAAGAUGAGAAGCGUCGCAUGGCACAGAAUUCGCUGGAUAGUAGCCAGCAUAGAGCCAUGAACUAUAACGCAUCGGACCAGACUACAGAGCAACGACCGAAGGGUUCGAAGUAGGCUUUGGUAGAGUGGCUAUGUGAGGGCAGUUGUCUUUUGAAUAUUCACUAUGUAUCCAGCAUUAAAGAAGGAAUAUAGACCUCUCUAAGCACCCCGUGAAAGAAAACUUGGUC